CACCAGGAGAAGAUGAGCGAUAUGGACAAGAACAUGAAUCCAAUCCUCAACAAGAACAACUAUGAGUACUGGAAGACGAUGACGGAAGUUUCUAUGGUUUCCCUGGGCUGCUGGGAUGCGGUGGAUCAGGAUUGACUGCAGCAGAAAGAGCGAGAUCUGAGUACGUCAAACUGGAAACAAGGCGCGUGCACACAUUUUCCGGCACGUUCGCCCUGAGUACCUCGCGGACAUUAGAGGCCUGAAAACAGCGAAGGAUUGCUGGAAAGCACUGGAAGAGAUCCAUGGGAGAUCCACAUCAAUGGACAUUGCCUUGUGCGUGCGGGAACUGGGCACUAUCGAGAAGACUCUCAGCAUGGAUAUCCUCGCGUAUUGUGGGAAAAUUCAAGUUCUGUUUGACAAGUUGUCUAAAGCCGGUAUUAAAUUUGAAGAUAACGUUGUGGCAUCUUUUAUUUUGACUGGACUUGCGACAGAUCAAGAUUAUCCGACCUAUGUCGAGGAUAAGAAUCUGACCUCGAGGUCGGUGAAGGCCGACCUCCUACUCGAAGAAAAAAGUAUUAAUGCGUUGGCACCUAGAAGGCAAUGGAAACCCAGGUCAGUACCAAAACAAAGAUGGCGCGAAGCCGAAGAGCAGAAACACAAGUGAUCAAAGAUGUUACAAAUGUAGAAAAUGGGGCCACAUUUCGUACCAGUGUCGAGGGGAGAAAGGAGAUGGAGAAGACAGGGCCAACCUUUGAAAGUGUUUCGCGAUUCAGAUUUUGCAGGGUG